CGGGUCCUGCUAAGAUGGAAGGAAAUUUGGAAUUAUGUCUCUCUCAAAUCGCUUAUAAACUCGCAGUCGGCAAUUUUGAAACGUAAAAAACUAAACAAGGAAAGCUCAAGAGGUUGGGCGAGAGAGAGAGGGAGAGGGAGAGAGAGAGAGAGAGAGAGAGAGAUAAGAGAGAGAGAGAGACGGGUCACUUGCUCAGAGCCCCAUAUCGACAGAAAGCUGAGAAAACUAGAACUCUUUUCAGUUCCCAGACAAAGAUUUGUACUUGCAGACGAGCAGAAAGCGUUAAGCUUCAAAAGCAUUAAUAACAACACCUCACGUUCUUACUGUUUGGAACUGCACUCUCUCCUCACAGAAUGCUUGCAUAAUAUCUGCGUCCCUUGCAACGAAAGCGAUGUUCGUAUCAUGAGAUAAAUACAACGCUCAUACAUUUUCUCAGCAAGAAAAGUGAGAUUUAGUGUGUCUUGCCUUUGAUCUUCGUAAGUUUGUAGUUUCUACUUCUGAGAUCAGUUAUAGUGUAACAGUAACUAGCACUCAGAUUUCAAUAAUUACUUAGGCCCUGGAGGAGGCCAGAUUUGCUUAGGAACUCCAAGUGAAUUAUGUUGGUUUGUUAAUGGGCUGCUAUUGUUCAAAGGAAGCUAAAACGCCUGGCUACGAGGACCCUAAGAUUCUUGCUGCCGCGACACCUUUUUCUGUGAACGAAGUAGAAGCCUUGUAUGAGCUUUUUAAGAAAUUGAGCAGUUCGAUAUUUGAUGAUGGACUUAUCCACAAGGAAGAAUUUCAGCUCGCGCUCUUCAGGAACAGAAAUCAGCGCAAUCUUUUUGCAGACAGGAUUUUUGACUUAUUUGACAUCAAGCGCAAUGGGGUUAUCGAGUUUGGAGAAUUUGUUCGAUCGUUAGGUGUCUUUCACCCCAAUGCACCUGUCGAAGACAAAAUUUCAUUUGCUUUUAGACUGUAUGAUCUGAGACAGACAGGGUACAUUGAGCGAGAGGAGUUGAAGGAGAUGGUACUGGCACUUCUGCACGAAUCUGAUCUGGUACUCUCGGAUGAUGUCAUCGAAGUGAUUGUGGAUAGGACAUACAGUGACGCAGAUAAGAAAGGCGAUGGGCGGAUUGAUGAAGAAGAGUGGAAGGAAUUUGUGAUGAAGCAUCCGUCUAUGAUCAAGAAUAUGACUCUCCCGUAUUUAAAGGAUAUAUCAGUAGCGUUUCCGAGCUUUGUGAUGACUUCUGAAGUUGAAGAUUCAGAAAUAUGAGAGUAUGACAUGAAAGAUGCUCAUGUGCCAAUAUGGUAAUUACUUCGAAGGCCGUUCGAAUGAAGCCACUCGCACUUCACGAAGAAUAAAUUUCUACGGUGACACCAUAGAAAUCUCGAGAUUAAGAUGAAGCCGCGAAGAACUGCUGGCGAAGAAGUCGUUCCUGGAGUUGCAUUCAUGCUGUCCUCAAAGUCUCAACUGGUUCUUCAAAUCUAGGGCUGGCAAACAUAAGUGUAUAUAUAGUCUGUCCAUGUAUUGGCAGAUCACGUUGUCUUUCCACUUUUUUUUUUCUCCCUUUGUAAUGCUGCUUCAACAUCAGAUGUUCUGUGAUAAGAUUUGUUGUAGAGUUAUGUAUGCCAGCCGAUCCUUUGAUGCGAA